GCGGGAGAGGAAUGCAUUGUGCCAGCCCGGUGCGCUCUUCCUCCCUCGCAAAUGAAUGAUGGCUAAUGGUCCUUGCUCAUCCAAAUCUAACCCUUCUUGUGGGCGUGCGAGGUGCAUUUGCGAGCGGUAGCAAGGGCGCAGUGUGGGCGGCGAGGCGUGGGGCGGGCGCGGAGCCGCAGACGUGGCAACGGCGCGCGCUACGCAGCCAGAGAGCAGCGAGGGAUCGUAAUGGUGGGCGCGUGAGUUUGAACGCCCUCGGAAUGCCACACAAUAACCCUGAUAAAGAUGUGGGUGAGGGAGGCAAUACAGUGUUCAUUGAUGCAUCAGCCUUGGGAGAGCUGUCGAGCCAGCUGACACAGCAGGAUCUGGAGACUCUAGUUGGCUUCAACAUCCAGCCUGCAGACCUUGAGGCUCUCCAUGAAGCAACGGAAGCACAUGUUGUAGACACAAGUGGCGUGCUCAUAUCAGAUGGAGUGGCUGUGGGAAAUAUUGUGGAGGUGGCUGGAGGUGGAGUGGAUGAUCCACAACAGCUGGAUGCUCACACUCACCACCAAGCACACCACCAGCCGAUGGAAGUGGAUGCACUCUCGGAGCACACACAAGUUAUUGGUGACAUGGACAUGCUGCAGCAAGGAGGAGAGCUGAUUACUAUGACAGGGGAAGAGUUGUCAGCUGGUGGGGAGUCGGGUACUGCAGCCUUGCUAGCUUCUGCUUCUACAGGCGGAGAUACUACAACCCACCAGAUUGUCACAGAGACCCCACAGGUUAUCAAGAGCAGCCUUGGCCAGUUUGUGGUGCUUCAACAAAAUCAGAAUUCACUCUCUUUGGGUUCAAUGAACAACCGCAUCAUAACAUCUGGAGGACAAGUAGUGACAACUAUGUCUGGCCUUGGGAACAGCAACAGCAACAAACCAGUUGUAGUUAAUGCAGCACAGUUAGGUGGUGCUCUUAGACAACAGAUAGUGGUGACACAGCCAGCUACUGUCCCACAGCAAGUCCGCGCCGUCCAGGUCAAACAGCCUCAGCAGACGCAGUCACACAAUAGUGGAACUGUUACUAAGGUGAUCAUCACAAGUCAGGCUGGAGGCAGCUUGGGCAGCCUCGGAGGACAGCAGGUCCGCCUUGUCACCAGUCAAAGUGGCACAGGUGGAAGCACCCAGAUGGUGCCAUCUCCCACCAAAUUUACACUCCAGCAAGCACAACAAAUGGGACUCAUUUCACCUUCAAAAACAGUGAGCCAGUCUCCAAACAAGAUUGUUGUCCAGCGUGUCAAUAUGGGGAGUUCUUCUCCCCUGAAAUCCCCAAGUAAGUUGGUGAUACCUGUCUCCAUGGCCAUGAAGUCUCCCACCAAAAUCGCCCCUGCUCCUCCCUCCGGACAACAGCAGCAGAUUAUAACACACCAGAUUAGCAGUGGGGGAGCAGUCCGCAAUAUUUUGUCCAGUCCACAGAAAAUUGUAAUCAAGAGCAAUGUUCCUCAGCCUGGCCAGGGAUCAGUAAGCACUGUCAGAGCAGGGCAGAUUGUGACCUCUGGAGGACAGCAGGUCAUCAAGAUUCCUGCCAGCCAGGUGCAACAACUAACAGCUCAGCCACAGAAUGUACAGAUGUUUUCAAAUCGGAUGAACUAUGUGAGAUUAGUGAGUCCAGGAGUGGGUGGAGGGGGCAGUGGAGGAGGGGGAGGGGGAGCAACACUCAUCCGACCAACACCACCCACCAACAAGCCCAUUGCCCCAGCUGCAUCUCAGCCUAUUAAGAUAAAAGCAAUGCCUAUUGCACCAAGUCAACAGCCCAGUAAACAGCGGGUGAUCAUCCCAGUGUCUGGUUCUGUGCCAACUGCCAGUGUUGGUGGUAGUGUUCCCAUACGUCCUCAGACAGCAAGUCUUACCUUGCCGGCCUCAGCUCUUCCCCCUGGAGUCCUCUCCAACACCCAGCCUGGCUCUGUGGUCAUGAUUCCAGCCCAUUACAUGUCUCAGCUACAGUCAAAUACAACAAAUAGUGCAACAGUCCAGAUGUCAAGCCAGCCAGCCCCGGGUACAAUAAUUCCACCCCCAAAGCCACAACCUCCACGAACAGUAAUAGAUGCAAAUGGAAUUAGACCGAGAAAGCCAUGUAACUGUACAAAGAGCCAGUGUCUUAAACUUUACUGUGAUUGUUUUGCAAAUGGUGAGUUUUGCAAUAACUGCAACUGUGCAAAUUGUUUCAACAACUUAGCUCAUGAAGAAGACAGACAAAAAGCAAUCAAGGCUUGUCUUGAUCGAAACCCUCAAGCUUUCCGACCUAAAAUUGGAAAAGGAGGCAGUGAUAAUGAACGAAGACACAACAAAGGGUGUAACUGCAAGCGUUCGGGAUGCCUCAAAAAUUACUGUGAAUGUUACGAGGCCAAAAUUCCCUGUUCUAAUAUUUGUAAAUGUGUUGGUUGUAAAAAUGUUGACGUGAACCCUGGUGUAGAAAGAAAGGGCCUAAUGCAGUUAGCUGAAUGCGCAGAGGCAAGAGUAAACCAGCAGAAUGCUGUCAAAUCCAAACUUCCUUCCUUCUCUCAUCACUCUCCUACCAAGAUGCUCUUCCCAACAUCAUCAAAAGCUAUUAGUGACCGCAAACGCAAAGUCAUAUUAGGGCAUAAAUCAGAACCCAGAUGUGCAGACACAUGCACCGAAUUCCUUUUUAAAAAACCCGAACGAGCAGAGAUGACCAGCGUUAAGGGGGAAAAAGACCAACAGGAACGGCUGCAAAAGUUCAGAAAGAUAGGGCACCUGUCAACUAACCUGCGGCUUUAUUGGCAGGGGAAACUGGGAAACAAUUCCUCUCGACCAGUGAGCACGCGGGAAGACUUCCAAUAUCGCGGCGAAAUUGGCAGCGUCGCGGGUGAGAAUUGGCGUGCGGAUUUCUUCCUCGUUGGCACCUCAACACCUCAGGCCACGCCCCCCUCUUCUACGCGAAGCUCCUCCCCGCCUAUAAACAGUAGCAACAAAUGUUCGGCGAACCUGUCAGUGCGGCUGGUCGAGGAAUUUACGUUAAAAGGGCCAGGGAUCUGUGUGAAAAUGACGCGCGGUGUUGUGUACCAGUGUGCGCGUGUGUAUGUUGUAUUCCAGUAUGAGAGGUGCUUCUGCAUUGCAAGAAGCAUGGACACAGUCAAUCCACAAGCUCAGAUUAUAAAGAAAACAGCAAAUAAGAGUGUUGAUGGGUGUGGAAAUGCUGUUAUAACAAGACAAAAUAGAAAAUACUGCCUCAUAUUCGAGUCUUUAGGGCAUACAACGAAGGAGGGGGCCCCAGACCUCCACACGCCACUGAGCUGA